AUGGCGGGUGUUUUGUCCAUUCUCUCUGAGCAUCCUUCUCAUAUCCUGGCUAUUGCCUUUGGUACAGCCGUCCUCUGGCAACUCCUCCUAGCCGGCUACAACCUCUUCCUCCAUCCCCUACGAAGGUUUCCAGGACCUGUCCUUCAACGCGCUUCUCCUCUAAUCUGGGCCUGGCAACAUGCCACAGGCUAUCAAGCCUUUCGAACCCAGCUCCUCCACGACCGAUAUGGCCCCAUAGUCCGAAUCAGCCCAAAUCACCUGUCUUUCACCGAUGUGACGGCCUGGAAAGACAUCUACGGCUUUCAAAUCGGGAAAGAGCUGGCGGAAAACGAGAUCCCCAAGUCGCAGCUCUUCUCAACGACGAUCAAGAAUUUGCCCACGAGCAUCAUCAAUGCCGAGCGUGAAGAGCACCAGCGGUACCGGCGGGCGCUAUCUCAUGGCUUCUCGGAUAGCUCUAUGCGAGCGCAAGAAGGCAUUAUCAUGAAGUACAUCGAUAAACUGAUUUCUCGCUUGCAUGAGAACUGCGACGGGAAAGAAGCGCCGCUUAAUGUGGAGGCUUGGUAUAACUGGACAACGUUCGAUAUUGCUGGCGACCUAAUCUUUGCGCAAUCGUUUGGCUGUCUCGAUCGCUCAGACUACCACCCCUGGAUUGCCUUCAUCUUCAAAACUAUCCGAUACAAUGCCAUCAUGACAGCGAUGAAGUAUAUUGGCCUUGAUCCUGUUGUCCAAGGCCUCUUCCGGAUCGGUGGUCUUGCUGCGAUGAUGCAGUUACCUAAUGGCCUCAUUCUCGUCCUCGCCGGUUCGGAAACUACGGCUACAACUCUGGCCGGCACGACAUAUCUUCUGUUAAGAGAUCCCAAGGUCCUGCAGAAACUUAACGAGGAGGUCCGAUCGAGCUUUAACGACUCCAGCGAGAUCACCAUCAACUCAGUGAGCAAGUUGUCAUACAUGCUCGCUGUUCUCAAUGAAGCUUUGCGUAUGUAUCCUCCCGUGACGUCAAAUCUCAUUCGAGAGGUACCGGAGUUUGGGUGUCAGAUUGGCGCAGAGCAUGUGCCUCAAGGAACUUUCGUCGAGAUCCAGCAAUGGUCCGCGAACCAUAGUCCAGACAACUGGACCAAGCCCUGGGAGUUCAGGCCGGAGCGCUUCCUGGAAACUAACAAAGAGGAACACAACCAUUUAGACGCACUUCAAGCAUUCAGCGUUGGCCCACGCAACUGCAUUGGGAAGAAUCUCGCGUAUGCAGAGAUGAGGUUGAUUUUAGCCCGAAUCGUUUUUGACUUUGAUCUUCAACUGGCCGAAGGAAACGGGUCCUGGAUUCAGAGGCAAAGAGCAUUUGGUUUGUGGGAUAGAAUACCGCUGAAUGUCUACUUGAAGCCAGUUGCGCGUGAAGCCCGCGCAUAA